UAUUCUUUCAGAUAUACUAGUUGUCAAAUUAGCCAAAGCCGCUGUUCACACGAACGAGCAACUUUUCCACUCACGUGGAACUGAAUAUUGUAUCAAAUUUUUUUCAACUCCAAAAGCCCUCAGUGCAUAAAAUGUCGGGGGCAAGUGAUGUCCUAGCAUCAACGACAGCAGCAUCCAGCUCCCCCCGGUUUAUUGAAGAGCCAUUGAACGAUGAGCAACCGACGAGGAGUCGGUUGUCGAACGGGACCACCUCCAGAGGUGCACUUAGUAGUAGUCCUGCUACUUUAAGGCGCAAUCAGUCAAUCCAGAGGUUCAACACCCUGAAUCCGAACGCUUAUUGGAUGAACAGCAAAGGUGCUUGGGUGACAUACGUGUGCCUGAUAAUCAUGGUGCACUUGAGUCUGCUAGCGAUGCCCUGGUUCGGAACAGACAUGGCCUGGACUCUGACCAAUGUGAUCCAUGGGGUGGCCAUGUAUGUAUACUUCCACCAUGUCAAGGGACUCCCGUUCGAUUCCACCAACUUCGACCCCGACUGCUCAUUUAGACUGACUCUCUGGGAACAGCUGGAUGACGGCAAACAGUACACAGACACGCGCAAGUUCCUCAUAUGCGUACCCAUUGUCCUCUUCAUUGUUGUGAGCUUCUACACGAAACACGAGAUGGCAUUCUUCCUGGUAAAUUUUAUCGUGCUUAUGUUCAAUCUGAUUCCCAAACUGCCCUAUUUGCACAAGAAGCGUCUCUUUGGAAUCAACAAGUACUGAUCGGUCCAAGUCACCCAACAAUCUUCCCUCAGUCCCACAAAUGAUGUGGAUUUACACGGAGCCAUCUUGCCCAAAACCUAUCCUAACCCAUUAACUCAAUUACCGCGCAAUUUCUUAUCACAUCGCAGUUAGCCAAUCACGUGUAGUUGAUGUCUAAAGCGACGGAUGGCUUGCAAUCUACUGCGUUGUUCGGAUAUAGUCCUGCUGUUGUUGCCGUUGAUGAUGAUAUUGAAUGUGAAAUUACAGUAGGAUGGUGGUCAUUAGAUGUUGUAGUAAAUAGUACUUCGGUUGUUCUCUUUUAGAACUGUUCAUGUUACGUAGGUCAUGUAUAUUUUUCUGUAAAGAUACGGUAGUGUACUACAUCAGAUUGAAAUUCAGUGUAGCUUAAUUUUGAAUUCAAUUUAUCAUAUCUUAAA